AUGGAAGCUGAUGGCAACACUCUCGUUCCCUUGCGUCAGAAGACAAAAAAGAAAAGUCAAGGGUUCUUUAUAAUGAGCCGACGGAGGAUAUCGUGUAAAGAGCUGGGGCAAGCUGAUUGCCAAGGAUGGCUCUACAAAAAGAAAGAAAAAGGAGCUUUCAUUGGCAACAAAUGGAAAAAGUUCUGGUGUGUGCUGAAGGAGUCAUCGCUGUAUUGGUACAGCAGUCAGCUGGCUGAAAAAGCAGAAGGAUUCAUCAGACUUCCAGACUUCAGUGUGGACCGAGCCACUGAAUGCAAAAAAAAGCAUGCUAUUAAGAUCAGCCACCCACAGAUCAAGACGUUUUAUUUUGCGGCAGAAAAUGUUCUGGAAAUGAACAUGUGGCUAAGCAAGCUGGGGAUGGCUGUAGACCCUCAGGCACCCAACGGGAAGAAUGAGGAAGAAUGCUACAGUGAAAGUGAACACGAUGAUCCUGAAAUAACAGACACACCACCUCCCCCCUACACAGUCCAGCCACCACCUCCUUCCUCGGAUCAGCAGAAGUCUUCUUUCACCUCGACUGUGUCAAGUGAAGCAUCUUGUUCUCUCUCCUCACCUGAAAGCACUUUCAACUCCCAAGAGUCAUCUUCUUCCUUGAUGUCCAAAGUGGUUUAUUCUGAGAGGCAGUCCUGGCUUGACCUAGUUAACAGCUCUGCCACAGAAGAGGGUGAUCAGCCUUUAACUUUCUGCGUACAGAUCCACUCUGAUGAGCCGCCAGAAGUAGACUGUGGAGAAGCGGCAGAAAGCCAGGAGGUCUGGCUUUCCAAACCCAGUGGUGGAUCCCAAAACUCUUUUUUACCUCCGGAUACACAUUGUCUAGCUCUGCCAGAUGCAACAGGACAAAGAUCACUAGCCAAAGAUCAGGAAAAAUGUGAUGAUGAGAUGGAGCGACUUUACAAGUCAUUAGAACAAGCAAGCCUGUCUCCCAUUGGUGAUCGUCGGCUGUCAACAAAGAAGGAGCUUAGGAAGUCAUUUAUCAAACGCAGCAAAAACCCCUCCAUUAAUGAGAAACUCCACAAAAUUCGAAUGCUGAACAGCACAUUAAAGUGUAAGGAACAUGACCUGGCCACAAUUAACCAGUUGCUAGAGGACCCAAAAUUGACGGCAAUGAAGUACAGAGAGUGGAGGAACACAAACAUCAUGCUGGUCCAAGAUAUCUAUCAGCAGCAGGAGGUCCAGGACAUGUCCACAGAGAACAGCGAGGAGCAAGAGAUGACUCCACAGCCUAUCGCUGAAAGUGCUAUCUGA